CGAUUGUUUGAUAAAUUCACCCCUAAAAUUUUAUUACAUUAUUUAUGUCUCGCCCAUUUGCUUUGUAGAGAGAGAAAGUUAGUGAGAGAAGUUCCUGUUCUUGUGAAUGUGUGAAGAUUUCCCGACUUCCCAUGUGAAGAGAAAGAGAAUCCUUGAACCCAAUUUGUAUCUAAAAAAGAUUGAGCAGAAAAGCAAGGGAGAAGGAAGGAACAUGGACGAUAGAGCAGGAAACAAGCUUCAUAACGCAUUGUUUAUCCUUCUUCCAUCUCAUUCAGAUUCUCUUCCCCUUUCCCCUCUCAUGUAGCGCUCGAACUAGAUCCCAUUGCUAUCUCCCGUUUUCCCUCUUCUCUUGGAGAUGGCAGCUUCAGAACUCGGAACCGAAGACAUUUGUUCAGAUAUUUACGUUAAUCUGGGGCUCAAGUCAUUGCGCAAAGGAAUCCGAAGAAAUCCUCGGGUUCUCACACUUCUUUCUUCACUUUUGGAACGCUCUGUUAAAAAAAAUGAAUUGCUAAUGGAGGCCACACAAGUCAAAGAUGCUCGUACAAUGUUUCAUGGCCUUCGAGCUCCCACCCUGAGUAUUCGGUGCUAUAUCGAUCGCAUCUUCAAGUACUUUGGCUGCAGCCCAUCAUGCUUUGUCAUUGCAAAUAUCUAUGUCGAUCGAUUUCUCAAGUGCAUGGAGAUUCAGUUAACUUCUCUUAACGUUCAUCGGCUGCUGAUAACGAGCAUAAUGCUGGCUGCUAAGUUCAUCGACGACUCAUUCUUCAACAAUGCUUACUAUGCGAAAGUUGGGGGCAUAAGCACGACGGAGUUAAACAAACUGGAGAUGAAGUUUUUGUUUAGUAUAGACUUCAGACUUCAGGUGAAUAUACAGACGUUCGGUCGAUACUGUUAUCAACUCGAAAAAGAAGGCCCUGGAACACGUCAAAUCGAACGCUCGAUUCGAGCUUGUAGCAUUAAGGAGAUCUGGUCAAAUAAAGAUGAGAAAUCCCAUGCUUCUUCCACAACAGCCAGAUGAUUUUUUUUACCACAAACCACUGUAUGUAAAAUCACUACCUUUUCUUUUUACAUUGCUUCAUUUAUGAUUCGUUCAGAAAUUAUUUCCAAUCUAUCCUUUAUGUUCUUGUGACUUCCUUGUCUUCAUUUAAGCAUUGGUGAGACUCCAUUGUUGCAGUAGAACAGCACUGAUUGAAUUAUGUUCUAUAUAUGUUUAUAAAUUGAAUGCUACUUUUGCGAGUAAAA